AACAACGCCCGCUCCUCCGCUCACCGUACCCUAUUUUUUUUAUCCGGUUCAGUUUUCAGAGCUAACAGCAAAAGACGUACACGUAGACAGGUAUCUGUCUGGUUGCGUUUGAUAUCGCGGUGCGAAACAUCGUUUUUUCGGUUGGGGAGGGAGAACUUUUUCACUAGAUAAUCAAGAUUGCUGGACUACGCAGCAGUUUCCUGUUGAUUAAAGUUUUCCUCUCUGUGUGACGGUGUGACCAACGGAGUUUGCAACAGUGCGUAGGGAGACCAACGUUAUGCGAGUGACCAACAUUCGUCGUGGGCGUAUUGCCCGGAUUGCCGUUAUCGUGCUGGUGGUACUGUUUAUCCUGUACACCAUUGCCACCUGGUCCGGAGUGGAUCACCGAGCGGUAAAGGAAGCGUACAAUUCGCGCUUCACCGGUGGCCGUUCCGGCGCGGAGCAGGACCACCAGCAGCAACGGGAUCACAGCAACGUUUUUCCGGUGCUGAUCGAGGGUCUGGGUAAUUUUGAACCGAAGGAGGUGGAACGUCGCGAUGGGCCCGGUGAGGCUGGUAAAGCUUACAUUCUUCCGGAGGAUCAGCAGAAUAGGGCUUCCGAUGCGGAAAUGGAAUACGGUAUGAACAUCGUCGUUUCGGAUACGAUUUCCAUGGAUCGGACGAUUCGGGAUACUCGGUUGGAAGAGUGCAAACAUUGGGAUUAUCCGCACGAUCUGCCCAGCACCAGUGUGAUUAUUGUGUUCCACAAUGAGGGCUUCUCGGUGCUGAUGAGAACGGUUCAUUCGGUGCUGAACCGGUCGCCGAAGCAUGUUCUGCACGAAGUUCUGCUGGUGGAUGACUACUCGGACAAGGAGGAUUUGAAGGAAAAGCUGGAGAAAUAUAUCGAACAGUUUGACGGGAAAGUUCGACUGAUUCGGAACGUCGAACGGGAGGGUCUCAUCCGCACCAGGUCGCGAGGAGCGAAGGAAGCGACCGGUGACGUGAUCGUUUAUUUGGAUGCCCACUGUGAGGUCAACACCAACUGGUUGCCACCGCUGCUGGCUCCGAUUUAUCGGGACCGAACUGUAAUGACUGUUCCGGUUAUCGAUGGAAUCGAUCAUAAAACGUUCGAAUACCGGCCAGUUUACGCCGAUGGUCAUCACUACCGGGGCAUUUUCGAGUGGGGAAUGCUGUACAAGGAGAAUGAAGUGCCACGGAGGGAACAGAAACGCCGCAAGCACGACAGCGAACCGUACAAGAGCCCAACGCAUGCGGGUGGUCUUUUCGCAAUCAAUCGGAAAUUCUUCCUGGAGAUUGGAGCUUACGAUCCGGGACUGCUAGUGUGGGGUGGUGAAAACUUUGAGCUGAGUUUCAAGAUUUGGCAGUGCGGUGGAAGUAUCGAGUGGGUUCCCUGUUCCCGUGUCGGCCACGUCUACCGUGGCUUCAUGCCGUACAACUUUGGCAAAUUAGCGAACAAGAAAAAGGGUCCACUAAUUACGAUCAACUACAAACGAGUAAUCGAAACGUGGUUCGACGAGCAAUACAAGGAAUACUUCUACACCCGGGAACCGUUGGCUCGAUUCUUAGACAUGGGAGACAUUACCGAGCAGUUGGCACUGAAGGAACGGCUCCAAUGCAAGAGCUUCCAGUGGUACAUGGACAACGUGGCGUACGACGUACUGGACAAGUAUCCCGCCCUGCCGGCCAAUCUCUACUGGGGAGAGUUGAAAAAUUCCGGCACGGAAAAGUGUGUGGAUGCUCUCGGACGCCAACCACCGGCCAUCAUUGGGCUGCAGCACUGCCACGGCCAGGGGCACAAUCAGCUGAUUCGACUGAACGCUGCCGGCCAGCUGGGUGUAGGCGAACGGUGUAUCGAAGCCGACGGUCAAGGCAUAAAGCUUGCCUUCUGCCGACUGGGAACGGUCGAUGGACCAUGGCAGUAUGACGAAACCACUUCCACGCUGCUGCAUAGAACCUACAAAAAGUGCAUGGGUUACCACCCGCAAACGAGAACGCUAGCCCUGAUGCCCUGCGACGUACAUAACGCUUACCAAUCAUGGAAGUUCCACAGUAUUACUCCUCGCUGGUAGUCCGGCCUUUGAAUGCAUCGAAACGAAACAUUCCUCGGUUUUUUUUCUUGUUAGAAAUUUAUGACUCGAAACGGAUGGAAACAACUUGAUUCAAUCAAAUUUUUUCUUCGAUGCGCGACAGUCAUGGCAGUAGAGUGUAAGCGAGAGUUACUCGUCGAGGCAUCUUGUAAAUAUUAUCAAAUUUGGAAGAGUAGAACUUGCCAAAAUUACUUAACUUGGAACAAAUUUAGGAAAAGCUUCAGGACGAAAGAUUCAGCCGACUUAGUUUCUGUACAUUUUAGCCCGGUGAUGUGUGUCUGUUUGAACCUGAUCCUAGCACCAACCGACUGACCGGACCGCCGAGACGAACCAGCAAACUUGCAAUAAUGACAUUCAGAUAGGGGUGGGACUGUUUGUGCCUUUUUCCUUCGUUUGAUGAAAUGUGCAAAAUCAAAUCAAUACCUAGCGUCAGUACGUUUACGUUGUCCGUUAGAAGCUCCGACUUCGUUUGAACCCGUUUCUUAGUGAUCGUGUAUUUUCCUUCCCUGGACGGCAGGCAGUGUGCUGCUGUUGUAGAAGCGUGGGUUAAUAAUAUUGUUAGUUUAGGAUACCUAUCCAGGCAUAUAUGACCGUUUUAGACUGUUGCGGCGUGUGGUAGGUGGUAGAGAAAAAUUGACUGCGGGAAAAUCGAAACAAACAGCGAAAAAGAGGGGGAAACGUGUACUGCCUAAUCGUGGCAGUAAACCAAUCAAUCGUUUGGGACUUAUCAAAUAAGAGAUCAAAUUUAGCAUACAUUUUGUAUUAAAUAAGACGAAAUAAUA